UUUUUUUUGCCUGGUCUGCGUUCUGUAGUUUAUCGCUUCCCUCUAGAAGGCAACGGAUGACAGAUCUCUGUGGUUAUAGAUAUCAGCCAGCAAAGCAACACAAACAUGGCGUUCACAUUCGCGGCCUUUUGUUACAUGCUUGCGCUAUUGCUUACGGCCGCUCUCAUUUUCUUCGCUAUUUGGCAUAUCAUCGCAUUUGAUGAACUGAAGACUGAUUACAAGAAUCCGAUAGACCAAUGUAACACCUUAAAUCCGCUCGUACUCCCGGAGUAUCUCAUCCAUGUGUUCUUCUGCGUGAUGUUCCUGUGUGCUGCUGAGUGGCUCACCCUAGGCCUCAACAUGCCACUGCUGGCCUACCAUGUCUGGAGGUAUACGAGCAGGCCGGUGAUGAGUGGUCCAGGCCUCUAUGAUCCAACUACGAUCAUGAACGCUGACGUCUUGGCCUACUGUCAAAAGGAGGGCUGGUGCAAACUGGCCUUCUACCUCCUCUCCUUCUUCUACUAUCUCUACGGGAUGAUCUAUGUGUUGGUGAGCUCUUAGAGGGGAAAGAUCUGCAUGUAGGAGAUAAAACUGGUUUUAGUGGCCGCAGGAGAAGCUGAAGUGGGACCUGCUGCGAAGACAGACCACUCAAUGAUUCAAGAUGGCUGCCGUUUUCGAGAGACUGGAUUGACUCACACCAACGCAGUGCAGAGCGCCAUUAAAAAACAUUUCUCCCCUUUUAAAAAAAAUGAAUAUUGUCGCAGCUGUCCUCUCGUUCAACAGUCAACACUAAAUGCUUUUUUGAGAGGAAGAAUGACCGACCUCAGAAUCAUUA